AUGUCGCAGUCGCACCAGAAGCACCACCACCACCAGCACCCGCCGCAGCAGCAGCAGGCCUCGGCUCAGCAGCAGCCACACCCGCACCCGCCCACGACCUUCUUCCGCCUCCUCAAGGCCAUUUUCCGCGUCUUUCUUGAGGUUGCUUUCUUCUGGCAGCUGCGUCUGUACGCCUGGUGGCGCACCAAGUCGCCCCGCGAUGCCUUGCUCGAGACCCUCGCCGACGCACGCAUCUUCGAGGAAUGGGAGGCGUCGGCAUAUCAGCUUGACGAAGUGCUUGGAUACGACCUAUGGCGCCAAAACCCAACCAGCAAAUACUACGACUACCGCCUGAUCUACGAGCGGCUGCAAGCCAUCAUCGAGGCGCGCGAGGAAGACGACAUCCUGGGCCUGGUCAACCUGCUGCGGUCGGGCCUGGUGCGCAACCUGGGCAACAUCACGGCGCCGCGCCUGUUCAACCGCGCCUACGCCGGCACCAAGCUGCUGAUCGAGGACUACAUCACCCAGGUCGCCCUCGCCAUCGAGUACGUCACGACGUACCCGACGACGCCGGGAAACCACGGCAGCGGUCACCACGGCGGGCAGGAGCAGGGGAGUUUGACGAACCAGGCUAAGCUCGAUGUCCUGCACGAUACGCGGCAGGCGUUUGGGCGGAGCGCGCUGGUGCUGCAGGGGGGCGCGAUCUUUGGGUUGUGUCAUUUGGGCGUCGUGAAGGCGUUGCAUUUGAGGGGGUUGUUGCCGCGGAUUAUUGCGGGGACGGCGACGGGCGCGCUCAUCGCGGCGUUGGUGUGCGUGCAUACGGAGGAUGAGGUGCUGGAGUUCCUGACGGGCGAGGGCAUCGACGUGACGGCGUUUGCGCGGAAGAGGAUUAACGAUGGGGCAGGAGGAGGUGAUCGUGAGAAACAGGAUGCGUUGUUGGAUGCGUAUUACCUGCAGGAGGGCAGCUGGUGGGGCGCCACGCUGCUGAGGCGGAUGGUGCGGUUGGUGAAAGAGGGGUAUUUGUUGGACGCGCGCGCGUUGGAGGAGUGCGUGAGGACGAAUGUGGGGGACUUGACGUUCGACGAGGCGUACGCGAAGACGAAGAGGGUGCUCAACAUCACCGUCUCGACGACCAGCGGCGGCGUGCCGAAUCUGCUGAAUUACCUCACAGCUCCGAACGUGCUCAUCUGGUCCGCUGCCAUCGCCUCCAACGCCUCCUCCUCGACCGCCGCGCACCCCGUCGUCCUCCUCUGCAAAGACGAAAACGGCCGCGUCGUCCCCUGGGCCUCGGCGCAAGAAGCCACCUUCCGCCCCUGGACGCACGCGCAAUACUCACAGUCGCCCAACGACCGCGAAUCACCCUUGCACCGCAUCGCCGAGCUCUUCAACGUCAACCACUUCAUCGUCUCGCAGGCGCGCCCCUACCUCGCGCCGUUCCUGCGCUCCGACCUGCACCACCCCAACCCGCGGCAGGACGGGAAGUGGCGCUUCAGCAUGCCGAUUUUGCGGUUGGUCGUGCUCGAGGUGCAGCAUCGGCUGAAUCAGUUGGAUAGUCUGGGGUUGCUGCCGGCGGGCAUUAGGAGGUUUUUGUUGGACGAGAAUGUGCCGGGCGCGAGUUUGACGCUCGUGCCGGAGUUGACGCCGCGGGAUUUUUGGAGGCUGCUCGAGUAUCCGACGAGGGAGAGUUUGGAGUAUUGGAUCUUGAGGGGGGAGCGGAGCGUUUGGCCGGCCGUCGGCGCGUUGAAAGUAAGAUGUGCGAUUGAGGUCGAGCUCGAUCGCGGGUAUCAGCUCGUGCGCAGGCGCAAGCCGAUGGAUGUGCAGGUUGUGCAUCAGCAGCAUGGAACGGGUGGUGGGGUUGGUGGUGGGGGUCAUGGAGGCGGGCAUAGGUACGGUGGUGGUGAGCAUGGUGGUGGUGGGGGGCAGGGAGGCGGUGGUGGUGGUAUGGCGAAUGGCGGGAGGAAGGGGUCUGCUGCGGGUUUGCAGAUGAUGACGACCGGGGUUGUGGAUUCGGGGAGGCGGGUUCGUGCGAGUAGUUUUGGGGGAGAUGGGUAA